AUGCUCAACAAAGCCGCCGUCGCUGCGCUGACUACAGCUUUAUUCUCCCGGGCUUAUGCCAUUGAUGCUGAGAUCAAGGUUGACUUGCAGACGCGAUACCAGUCUGUUGAUGGCUUUGGUUGCUCACAGGCGUUCCAACGGGCGGAGGAUAUCUUCGGCAAGUACGGAUUGUCACCCAAAAAUCAAAGCUAUGUUCUCGACCUCAUGUACAGCGAGGAGCGCGGCGCUGGAUUCACAAUAUUGCGCAACGGGAUCGGCUCGAGCAAUUCCUCAAUCAGCAACUUCAUGAAUUCUAUUGAGCCGUUCAGCCCUGGCUCGCCAACUAGCAAGCCAAAUUAUACAUGGGAUCAUUACAAUAGCGGUCAAUUCCCCUUAUCUCAACAGGCAAGAGCACGAGGACUUCCUUACAUCUACGCUGAUGCAUGGUCUGCACCUGGAUAUAUGAAAACAAAUCAAGACGAGAAUUGGGGAGGAUUCUUGUGUGGGAUCGAAGAUGAAACAUGCCCGUCUGGAGAUUGGAGACAGGCAUAUGCCAAUUAUCUAGUUCAAUAUAUCAAGUUUUACGCCGAAUCCGGUGUCCCAGUGACACACUUGGGUUUCCUGAACGAGCCCCAAGAAGUGGUCUCAUACGCCAGCAUGGGUUCAAAUGGUACUCAAGCCGCCGAGUUUGUGAAGAUCCUCGGGCAGACUCUGGAGCGUGAAGGCAUUGACAUCGAACUCACUUGCUGUGAUGGCGUUGGAUGGAGUGAGCAAGAAGCUAUGAUUCCAGGGUUGCAAGUUGUCGGUUCCGAUGGGAAAAGUGCCGAAGACUACCUUUCCGUUGUCACUGGACAUGGCUAUUCGUCCGCUCCGACAUUUCCUCUUUCAACCAAACGACGCACCUGGCUGACCGAGUGGACGGAUCUUUCCGGAGCUUUCACACCAUAUACCUUUUUCGCAGACGGCGGUGCAGGAGAGGGUAUGACCUGGGCGAACAAUAUUCAAACAGCUUUCGUCAACGCCAACGUGAGUGCAUUCAUUUACUGGAUUGGCGCCGAGAACUCAACUACCAACUCCGGAAUGAUCAAUCUCAUCAAUGACGAGGUCAUACCUUCGAAGAGAUUUUGGUCUAUGGCUUCCUUUAGCAAGUUUGUACGUCCUCACGCGCAACGCGUCAAAGCCACAAGCUCCGACGCAUCUGUGACCGUCAGUGCAUUUGAAAACACUAAUGGCGUUGUUGCUAUCCAAGUAAUCAACAACGGCACUUCGGCUACUUCCUUGACCAUCGAUCUGGGACAGACGCAUAAAAAGGUGAAGACGGUUGUACCUUGGGUCACUAGCAACGACUACGAUUUGGAGGAAUUGACCAAAAUUGACGUCAAACAAAACUCUUUCGUGACAAGUGUGCCCGCUAGAUCAUUGACAAGCUUUGUUACAGAGUGCGAUUGA